UAGAAGAGUGAAAAGAGAUAAGAAAGGCAAAAUAGCUGCAGAGUCGUUCGUGACUGUAUCAUCUAUGGCUGCUCUGUCUGCUUCUGCCCAUGUGAGCGUUCGCACCUUGUUGCAUUCAUCUUUCACUAAGCAUAAACUUGAGAGUUAUACUACUGCUGCUGCUACUACUACUACUUCGAAGAGAAGAAUACCCAGCAGUAUCUCCAUACACUCCUUGGCACCAAACACAACGGAGCACUCAGAUUCCCAACUUCAAUCAACUACAAAUUCCGUUAAAGGAUGGGUUGCAUUUGCGAAAAAUGUGUCGGGCGAAUGGGAUGGGUUUGGAGCAGAAUUUAGCAAGCAAGGUGAGCCAAUUGAAUUACCGGAAUCUGUAGUCCCUGAAGCUUACAGGGAGUGGGAGGUGAAGGUAUUCGAUUGGCAAACUCAAUGUCCUACUCUUGCUCAUGAUGAUGACGCCUUCUCUUUCAUGUACAAGUUCAUUCGGCUCCUUCCUACUGUUGGCUGUGAAGCCGAUGCUGCAACUAGGUAUAGCACCGACGAGAGGAAUAUUUCUGAUGCCAAUGUUUCUGCAUUUUCGUAUCAAUACACCGGAUGUUAUGUGGCCGCCUGGUCCAAUAAUAAUGAUGGAAAUUAUAAUACAGCUCCCUAUUUGUCAUGGGAGUUGGAGCAUUGUUUGAUUAAUCCUCAGGACAAGGAGUCGAGGGUGCGGAUUGUUCAGGUCGUGCGCCUUCAAGAUUCGAAGUUGGUAUUGGAAAACAUUAAGGUGUUUUGUGAACAUUGGUAUGGGCCAUUUCAAAACGGGGAUCAGCUGGGUGGGUGUGCUAUUCAAGAUUCUGCAUUUGCUUCUACCCAAGCAUUGGACCCUGCAGAAGUCAUUGGUGUUUGGGAGGGUAAGCAUGCCAUCUCCAGUUUCAACAAUGCUUCAGAAAAAGUUAUUCAAGAGCUUGUCGAUGGCAGCACCAGGAAGACAGUAAGAGAUGAAUUAGAUCUUGUUGUGCUCCCAAGGCAACUCUGGUGUUGUUUGAAAGACACUGUAGAUGGUGAAACAUGCUGUGAAGUUGGGUGGUUGUUCGAAAAAGGGCGUGCCAUGACAUCCAAAUGUAUAUUUUCUGAUAAUGGGAAGUUAAAGGAAAUUGCUAUAGCAUGUGAAAGUGCAGCACCAGCACAAUAGAGCACGGUUACCCACAACAUAUGGCCAGAGCAGUAGGAAGACAACUGUUCAAUUUCCUGUCCCAGAACUAAAUUAAUGGAUGAGAAGUAUAUAAUUGUAUAUUCAACAUGGUCUUAUUCAUAAGUGACAACCCAUUCUCUGUGUAAUAUUGGUCUGAGAUAAAUGAUAUUGGUUGAUAUAAGCUUAAGUGGAAUGGGACACGAUGAUUCAUAUAA